GGCUGUCCAGCAACAAGGUGCUACUGGUGUUAUGUCGGUGGUCGAGAGCAUCACGAGUGAAGCGCUCGAGCCCGCUGUGCGCUUGCAUUUUUCGCGCUUCCCUUCACCGCGGGACGAGUGCUGACUGAACGCAUCCAUCGUGGCGGAAUGCCAAGUUUCCUCCUGAAUGGUGCAAACUUUGUCGCCGCGACGCAGUGACAUCCAGCGACAGUUAUGUUCGCAACGCUUCCUGACAGAAACAGCGCUUGCCAUGGGUUGUCGUCGAGGCCACUUUGAAACAGAGUCAUGGAUCUUGUGGAACCUGAAAGGGAAAGCCUACAGUUCUACAUUGACCCUGGUGAACUGCCCGAAGAGUUGGCAGGUGCCGUCCAAGCAAUAAAACAGGCAGCUGAAAGCGUCCUAUUUCGGUGGAAGAAGUUUCCCUUGCGCCUGCCAGCACCUGUCUUCGAUCUUCCGCCCACCCUGCUCAGCUCUGAUGGGGAUGGCCGCAAGACUCGCACGACCAGCUUGCGGGACGUGUUCACAGCGCCCAACUUCGAUGAGGCCGAUGCCGUGGUGCGGGACGCCAAGGGUCGGCCACCCAGGCUAGACCAGGCACAGCUGCGCUCCAUACAGGACCGUGGAGAACUUGAGGUGGGCAGCCGAGUGUUUCCGGGAUGCACCCAUCGCUGGCGCCUGAGCCGGGCAGUGCAGAGCGGCCGCGCAGGCACCUGGCAGGUGCUGCUGCGGGACGUGGCACUGGCCCUGCGCCUGCUGCUAGUCACUGCACGCAACCGCAUCGGUCACCCCCACUUUCUCAGCCUGUGGGCUUCAGGAACCGCCCUGGCCAGAGCUUCCUUCUUGCUCCUGGAUGCUCUGGUUGGACUUCCAUCGGUGUCUGCCACUCUGUUGGUGUCCAGACUGCAAGAGGAGCGGGUCAAGCACCUCGUUGCUGAGCUCACCAUCGAGGCGGAUGCGGAAAACCAGUUGGAGCAGCUGUGCCUGUUUGUACGCUACCAAAUCAAGAAGCAGACAUUCGAGAAGUGCCACAUUGGGGAGGAGAGGCUACCCACUGUGCCUUAUGUCUACAAGACACCCAAGGGCCAGAUGAUUGACCUGCGGCUCUACAAUGCCGAGCUGCUGCGGAGUGCCAUGCCAUUUCUGGUGCACAUCUUGGAGAGGGAGCUGCGUGGUUGGUUCCCCGCUUUUCGGGAAGCCCUGGUGGCCAAGCUGAGAGCAAAGAAGCUGUCUGACUGUGACAUUGAGAAGCAAGCCAAAGUGGCCGUGCAGGACGAGUACGUGCGACGUGUGUCGGAGGCGGUGGGUCGUGACCCGGCCCUGGAGAGCCUGGCGCCAGGACUGGGUCAGCUGCUCGCCGAGCAGGCCCAAGCAGCCGUGCUCAUCCAGCGGGCUCUGGACGUCGUGCACGACAGAACUGCACACUACGUGGCUCAGGAGAAGGAACGACUACAAGAAGAGUUUCCUGUGCUCUCCUUAAUUGGACCAUGGCUGCGCAGUCAGCUUUAUGAAGUUCAGUGCCAGCUGGAGCGCGAGCACUGCCUGGAGGCCCACGAGACAGCGCUGGCCUUGUGCAGGGAGCGGGGUCUUGCCCAGGCAGCCUACUUCGUGGCACGUGACCUGUCCUUCCUGCGCGAACAGGCCCCCGCACUGGCAGCCGAGCUGGCGCGGCUGCGUGCUCCCACCCGGACAUUCACCUGGCAGACGCACGUGUGGAGGCCCUCACAGUGGCAGGUGCGGCGUGUGGGUGGCCCCUCGGGCCCCGAGCCCCCGAUGGGUGACACCCUGCUCCUGGGCGAGCGCCCCACGUACGUGGCCGAGAAGCAGUGCACCCGGCUCACCUCCACCCGGCUGCCCCUGUGGCGCUGGGGCAAUUUCUGCCACCGGGUCUGGGCACACACCUGCAAUGCCAUGUUCCUCCUCGGGAUCCUGAUACCUUGGUGCAGUCCUCUGAGCUUGCGUAGUCUGGUGCUUCCCCGUCCCUUCAUGCCAGACUUUGAGGUCAACCAGGAAGAUGGAAGACUACAGCCGCGCAAGUCGUCUUCCACCCAGACACUCUGCUCCCGACUGCUCUCCCUUUGGAGGCACAUCUCCAAGUCAAGAACAGACUUUGAAUCUCAACCAGACUCUGGUUUUGUGGGCAAAGGCCUGAGCCGGCAAGUGAACCGUGCCUGGAACUACCUCGUCAAGGGCCUGGUGGGCACGGUGCUGCUGGUGCUGGUCUUCCCCGUGCUCUCAUUGGUCGUCUGCCUGACAUCUCUGGUGGCGGCACUCCUGGCUCCCCUCUGGAUGCCAUGUGUGAUGCUUGCCUUCCACCUACUCAUGGUGCUCGCCUAUGACUUCGACUCGCCAAGCCCGGAGCGCAACCGUAUCUGCGUGCUUGGUGAGGCCAUCCUCUGGCAGGGGCUUGUGCUGGGCCUGCUUCAGCCGAUUGCAGCGGCCGUCAUAGCCUUGGUGCUGUGUCCCAUAGCGGCUGGCUUCAUUCUCUUGGUUGCGGUGUUUCGGUGGGCAGCGGUGCGGUGUUGGGAUGCGCUGUUGUUUCAUGGUGUCAUCAAGCGCCGAGCCCGGGUGCCGGUGGGCGACAGCUGGAUGGUAACACGGGUGGCGGGACCUGGACUCUCACAGGACCAUUUGUACCAGAUAAAUCCGGAGCAAGCCCUCACAGCAUUCUUGGCCAAAGUGGAAUUGGAGCAGCUCUCCAUCUACGGGCAACAAACGGAACAGCAGAUAUUGGAGCCCCUCAAGGCUUAUGACCAAUUUGUGGAGCAGUGCUUCAGUCCAUUUGCGUCCACCCUGGCACGAGACAGGAGUCCCUAUCGGGACCUCGAGGCCGAGCUGAACAACAUGGUGUCGGCGCUCAAGGCGGAAGUGGACAAGCGCAAGCGUGAGCUGCAGCUGGGCCUGGGCGUGGGCUGUCGCCAGCGGACACGCAUGACGGCUGCUGGCCUGCACUCGGCGCUGGUCGCAGGGUCCAGUUUGGCCCAACACCUGCUGCCCCAGCUGCCCUCAGCCCACUGGCAGGACCGGGGGCUCGAGGAGAAGGACUGGCUCGGCUUGGCAGCCCAGCUGUACUCUGAAACAUUCUCACCCGAGUUCUUGGUGCCCCUGCUAGAGGAUGAUGUGGCCUUUACGCUCCAGGUGGUGGACGUGGAUCUGACUAAGUACAGGGAGCUUGCGCAGACGCACGGAGCCGUGGACAUAGACACAUCCAGGGUUGUCCACCUUCCCAAAGGGAAGAUCCACAUACACACUCCUUACCUGGAUCCAUCUGCGUUCAACCCUCAGUCAUCAGCUGCUGGCCACACAACCACGUCCAAAACUAAAAGGCCCCCAUGGAAGCGGCAGGAGAGCGGGAGUGAGCGACCCAGUCUUCCCCCGGCUGUCCCCCACCCGGCCAAGAUUGCACUGAUCAUCUUCAACCGUGAGAAUGAGACCCAAUACCGUUGGACUCGGAUGCCUGCCAGCAGGUUCUCAAGGCUGUCUACAGUGGGAGCAGCACUGCACAGCCCGUCGGGAGCAGCGGGGCUAGCAGCAGUGGCACUCCGAGCAUCCAGAUGACACCGUCAGCCGAGGACGUCAGUCUCGAGCCACAGGGUCAGAGGGCUACGUACACCCACGGAGGCCCACACAAUAGCACCUGCGUAUGACAAGCGGCCACUGGUGGUUUCGGUUGGGCAUGACGCGGUUUGUCGUCUCCAGCUACACGACACGGUUGCUGCGACAAUAUGCAUAUGAGCUGCAUGCAUAUGAGCUUCGUAUGCGUUACGAGCUG